AUGGAAAAAAUAUCAGCGAAAAUUGAAGAAAUAUUGAAGGAAAUAUCAUUUCUGAUACGAUAUCAUCCAUAUGAUUUUACACAGUAUUUAGUUGGAAUUGUUAUUCCAAUUAUAAUUGUUGGUUUGAUGUUCAAAUGGAGAGUCAAACAAGCGAUGAACAGAAAAACAAAGGUUGGUUUUUUUGGGGAAAAAAUUCCUAGAAAUUCAGAGAAAAAACUUUUAAUGUAAUUUUUCCGGAGAGAUGAGGUCAAAAAGUUUUAUCACAGAUUUUUUUGUAAAAAAUUUGAAAUUUAAUUUCGAAAACUGUAUUUAUUCAAAGCACAACCAAUAUUGUGUUAACAGAAAAAAAACAGGAGAAAUUUUCAAUUACUGUAAUAAAGAAAACUUCUAAAUGGAAUACCAGAAUUUGUGAACUUUAAGGAACUGUAGCCAUUCGGGACAAGACCAGAUUACAGUAACCCAUUAGGAUCCUUGGCCUUUUUCCAAAUCUCAUAUGUUUCUAGCAAAUGCGCCAACGCCAUGCAUUGUUGCGAAAGCUUAUGGCGAGCCAACAAAAUGAAACUCCAAAAAAUGAGAAAGAAAUAGAAGAAGAGGAAGAAGAUGAGGUGGUUCUCGAAGCCAUCAAAUUACUCGAAGAAAAAGCCAAAAAACAUAAUUAA